GGUCUAAACUCAUUGAACCUGAACAAUACUCUCACAUAGUUUCAGUAUUCGUUGUUUGUUAUUUUAAAGAGGAAUUGCUUAUCAAUCUAAUGGAUUCAUCUUUUUCCUCGUACAGGAAAAGCUUUAGCACCAAUGUUUGGCAUAUUUUAAGCUGGAUAUUGUACGCGGGCGGAGCAGGGCCCGUUGCAACAGCGAAUAUGGGUGUAUUCGUUCCAUUGGUAAUCAUGAAAAACGCCCGAACCAAUGGGUUUUUAAGAAGAGACCACACAAUUCCUUGCUCCAGUUUUCCUGAUGAAUCGUGUUCUGUACGCAUACUUCACUCCAUAUGGAUUGACACGGGCUCUAUCUUGUUUGCCGCAUUUGCAUUUUCAAAUCUCCUUCAAUUGUGUUUGAUGACAGGCGUAGGUGUAGUUUGCGAUUAUGGCAACUAUCGGCGUUAUAUCCUUCAUUUAUGUGUCUUAAUUGGCUCAAUGAGUACUAUAAUUCUACCAUGGCUCCCUUCUCAUUUAUUCAAUUUCCAACUAGUUUCAUUUCUUGCAAUUGAUCUGUCCUUUAUUAUCGCUCAAUCCUGUUACGACUCCUUCUUGCCUAUCUUAUUACGGUAUUACCCUGUAUCGAAUACUCCGUAUACGUUGGAAUCUGCGUUGCAGGAUGAGACAUCUAGUAUUGGAAACGGCUCUUUUUCUGAAGACAGCACGGCAGGACUCGAAAAUGAAGAACAGUUUUUAAAUGAGCAGAGUCUGAUCUUGAAUGAGUCUGCUCCUCCUGUUGAUGCUGAAGAGGAAGAUAAAUCCAGAAUUGCUGCUAGAUUAUCGAGCGUAGGAUUUAGCUGUUUCUUUGGAUCAGCAAUUCUUCUUCAAUUAUGCCUCGUACCACUUUUGUAUAAAGCAUCACCCGACUCUUUAUUAAUUCCCAUUGCAAUCACGGUUUGCGGUACCUGGUGGUUACUCUUGUCAAAUCCCCUUUGUUUGUUUGUAAAGCUUCCAAAUGAUAAUCAAACCGCUAAUCCUCUUUGGAAGAUCAUUUUAGACAGUACUAAAGAAUCUUAUCAUUCUCUACAGCAUGCUAUGAGCAUCCUGCCCAUUCGUUUGUUUUUAUUUUCACGUUUAUUUAUAAACUGUGGUCUCCAAACCACGCUUACCUCUGCUAUUAUAAUAGGAAAAUCAAGAUUGAAUUUAUCAAAUUUCCAGGUUGCAUUACUCGGUAUGGGAAUCUCUUUGUUUGCUUUGUUGGGCACUAUUGUUUUACCUUAUCUCACUGAAUACUUUCGUUUAACCAAUCUACAAACCGUGAUCAUCAUCGUAAUGAUAUUACCUUUGGCACCUAUGUAUGGUAUGUUGGGCUUCCUUCCAGGUUUUGAUGGCGGUAUAUGUACUGCUGCCGAUAUCUUUAGGACCACUAUUUUCGUUAGCUUUUUAUUAGGCGGUGCCCAUAGUUUCUGUCGUUCUGUUUAUUCACAAUUGAUUCCUCACGGGAAAGAGACUAGAUUCUUUGCAUUAUACUCUCUCAUUUCUCAAGCCGGUGUCUUUUUUGGCCAGAUUUCCUUAACAAUGAUUACUUCCAUGACUACAGAUCCCGGAGCUGUUUAUGCUUUCAUUAUGGUUGUUAUGAUUCUUCCUUUACCCUUUUUAUGGUUCAUGUAUAAGCAUACUAAAUCCCCUCAUCUCUCUUAAGCUUAAUAUAAUUGCGACGUUCUCCGUUUUAUUUAAUCACGUCCUAUAAUCUUCUCGCAUUUUCGUUACGUUACUCUUUGUGUUCUAUAAUAUAGUUUCAUUUCCGUUACUCGAUUAAGAUGUCUAACUUUUAAUUUCUCUAAUCCGAUUUAAAUAUGCCUUCAUAAACAAACUCAAAUAAUAAUAUUAAUUGCAACUAUUUUAUUGCAUAUUUACCAAUUCUUCAUAUGUGUAGUAUAAU